UACGUGGCCCUCACUCUCUCCCCUCAUUGGCUGCCUGAAUUAUUGAUUUGGCAGCAGAGAGAUAGUCUUGCAUCUCGCUGCUAAGCAAGGCUCAGCCCUGUGCAGUGGUGCCUGGAAGAGGGGGAAUGACUUUGGGCUGGUCUGGAGCGGCCGUUUCUGGUGAGAGCGGAGUGACUUUGGGCCAGUGUGGAGUGGGUGUUUCUGGGGAGAGUGGAGUGACUUUGGGCCGGUGUGGAGUGGGUGUUUCUGGGGAGAGUGGAGUGACUUUGGGCCGGUGUGGAGCAGGCACUGGGAGCGCUGAUUGACAUUGGCCCAGCCCUGUGAAGGCAUUUCUGUGGAGAGUCAAGUGCCACUGGCCCAGCCCUGCUGUGCCUCGUUUGGGAGAAGUUGCUGAUUGAGGAGACGGCAGAGAAUGGCAGAGGAAAUGCAGGGAAGUGGGUCCGGGCCUUACGAGGGCAUCUGUCGCUACACGCAGAAGAUCACCUCCUGUUUUGGACUGGAUGAGGAUCCGGGGGUGGAGAUCUCUGCAGGACACAGAGUGGCCCAGGCCCAGGACAGCCACAGACCCAUGGAGAAGCCAGUGAUCCAGUGUCACAAGUGCAGGGAGCCAUGCAAGGGGGAGGUGCUGAGGGUGCAGUCCAAGCACUUUCAUAUCAGGUGCUUCACUUGUAAAGUGUGUGGCUGCGAUUUGGCCCAGGGCGGCUUCUUCAUGAAGAACGGGGAUUAUCUCUGCACCCUGGACUACCAGCGCAUGCACGGGACCCGCUGCAAUGGCUGUGGGGACUUUGUGGAGGGUGAGGUGGUCACUGCAUUGGGCAAGACCUACCACCCCGCCUGCUUCGUUUGCACCCUGUGCAAGCGCCCGUUUCCUGCUGGGGACCGAGUCACCUUCAACGGGAAAGACUGCUUGUGUCAGCGCUGCGUCGAACCCGUGUCGCCCACGCCAAGGGACAUCUGCGGCUCCAGCAGCUGUGCCGGAUGUGGAAGGGACAUUAAGAAUGGUCAGGCCCUGCUGGCCCUCGACAGGCAAUGGCACCUGGGCUGCUUCAAGUGUAAAGCCUGCAACAAGGUGCUGAGUGGAGAGUACAUCAGCAAGUGA